AUGAAGGCAGACACCAUUCAUCUUGUCGACGAUGAGUUGGUGCGUCCGGAAAAGGGGCCAGUGUUGAAGAGACGAUUCGGCUUCUUCUCCAUCCUCGGCUUCAGUUGCACUGUUCUGGCUACUUGGGAGGGUAUUUUAUCAACAUUCACCCUUCCGUUGAACAAUGGCGGCCACGCUGGAGCCGUGUACGGCUUCCUCCUCGCCUGGGCGGGCACUUUGAGCACGAUGGCGACAUUAUCCGAGCUGGUCUCGAUGUAUCCAACCUCUGGCGGACAGUACCAUUGGGUCUCUAUCCUGGCGCCGCGAUGGUGUCAUAAAUUCUUGAGUUUCAUGACAGGCACCCUGGUCAUCCUGGGAUGGCUCGGAGGCUUCGCAUCAGGGGCAUACCUCGCUGGCUCGCAGAUCCUUGGCUUCGUCACAAUCACCCAUCCAGACUUUCAUCCACAGCCGUACCAGAUUAUGCUGAUCUACUGGGCGUACGUCGCGCUCGCAACGGGUGUCAACAUUGGCGGCCGCAGACUAUUACCACGAUUCGAAAGCCUGGUUCUGAUUCUGCAUAUUCUCGGCUUCUUCAUCGUUUUGAUCCCUCUCGCUGUACUGGGAGACAAAGUCGAUGCCAACCAGGUGUUUACCAGCUUUCAUAAUGGCGGGGGAUGGCCAAGUAUGGGCUUGUCUUUUCUAGUUGGGCUGUUGGGCAAUACCUUUUCCUUCACGGGCUGUGACGCCGCUAUCCAUAUGACGGAAGAGAUAAAGCAUGCAACGACCGUGGUUCCUUACUCACUGAUGACGAGUGUCGUUCUCAAUGGCCUUCUUGGCUUUGGGAUCCUUCUUGUCUCGCUCUUUCACGUACAAGACGUGAAUACAGUCCUCAACUCUGCAACCGGGUAUCCCUACCUGCAGAUCUUUCUAGACGCCACAGGAAGCGUCUGGGCCAGCCUCGCCAUGGCGUGUGUGAUUCCAAUCUCCGGCGUGGCCACCUCGUCGGGGAACCUGGCGUCAGCGUCGCGGAUGUUGUGGUCCUUUGCAAGAGAUGGGGGUGUACCUGCAUACAUCACCAGACUCGAUUCACGGUCCAUUCCACUCAUUUCCAUUCUUGCGAUAUCCGUAUCGGCCAUCCUGCUCUCCUUCAUCGGUCUGGGCUCGGCUGCGGUGCUCAACGCCAUCGUCUCGUUGACGGUCAGCGCCCUGUUUGCCUCGUACCUGCUGGCCACGUCUCUGUUUCUAGUCCGUCGACUACAUGGCAAUCUUGAGUACGGGCCCUUCUUCCUUCCUGGCGUCUGGGGAAUCUUGAACAACACAGUCUCUGUGAUUUACCUCACGGUCAGCCUGUUCUUCAGUCUCUGGCCAGGGACUGUCCAUCCCGACGCGCAGUCGAUGAACUGGACUAUUGUGCCGACAGGGGGAACUAUUCUGCUUAGUGUUGCGUAUUAUCUCUAUGCGGGACGGCAGAGACAUUCGGGUCCCACUGUAUACAUAUGA